AUGUGCAAACACGUCCUCAACGCACAAGCAGCAAUACGCUCUCCAUGCUGCAGAAAGUGGUUCGAUUGCCCAGAAUGCCAUGAAGAAAAGGAAGACCAUCCCCUCGCUAAAUCCAUUGAAUUGUCCUUCAUGUGCAAGAAAUGCAAGCGCGCAUUUAGGAAGGAUAUGACUGUAUUUGAAGAGAGCGAUGAGUAUUGCCCUCACUGUGAUAAUCAUUUUGUCAUCGACGCUAAAACACCAGAAGCUGCACUGAUGGUCGAAGGUGAAGAUGCACGCGUCGAUAACAGGAUCAUCAAAGACGAGAGAGCCAAGAUCGAUCCAGAGAGGACUAUCAACGCCCGCAAUGCUGAGUUGAGUGAUAGAGUUGGAUAG